AUGCCUGGGGAUUAUGAUAUUGAAUAUGCGUCCCCUUGGGCCGGUGCUAACUAUAUGCCGGUGGGAAAGGAGGGAAGUGCUCAUCAGAAAUGGGAGCGCGAUACCUGGCCAGCAUUGAAAGAAAUCACAGAGAAGCACCCGGAGGCCGGUAUCCACUUCCGAGGCACUUUGAUUUACAACCGAAAGAAUGAUCAAGAAACAGACACCGGAAAGUUGUUCUCAGAAUUGACCCAGCCAAACCCUUGGUAUAAAGAUAUCGUGCUUAAUUUCAAAAGCAUCCCCUCUGAUCAAUUACCUCCUGGAGUGGACAAUGGCCAGGAGUUCACAUCUGUUUGCAUCAACACUGCGGUCUACCUGCCGUGGUUGGUCGGUCAGUGCAUCAAGAACGGCGCCGUCUUCGAGAGAGCCGUUUUCAAGCAUAUCGCCGAUGCGGCCAACGCCCAUCACACUGGACAGAAAGCCGACGUAGUGGUCAACUGCACCGGCCUAUCAUCCAAGACCCUUGGCGGUGUUCUCGAUGACAAGAUGUAUCCCGCCCGCGGCCAGAUCGUCGUGGUCCGCAACGACCCCGGCCCCAUGCUAUCGACAUCUGGGACUAACGAUGGAGAAGAUGAGGCGUUGUACAUUAUGACUCGUGCUGCAGGUGGUGGCACGAUUCUCGGUGGCUCUUACCAAAAGGACAACUGGAAUGGAGUCCCGGACAUGAACCUUGCCAAUCGCAUCAUGAAGCGUUGCAUCGAUAUCUGCCCCGGCCUUGUUAAGAAGGGGCAGGGAAUCGAGGGAUUGGAUAUUGUUCGCCAUGGCGUUGGCCUCCGACCAUUGAGAGAGGGUGGCACUCGCAUUGAAAAAGACAAGGUUGACGGCGUGGCAAUUGUUCACAACUACGGCCAUGGAGGAUUUGGCUAUCAGGCCUCCUUCGGCUGUGCGUAUUCCGCUGUCUCUUUGGUGAAUGAGAUCAUGCAAAAUAUAUCCCACGCUAAGCUCAGAAGAUUCUCCAUCUACAAGCAUUUGAUCAAGCAUUGCACGAUGUCAGCACAUACGCCUCACGAAGUAGCCUGGAAAAUCAACAAGGUCUUGAACGAGUUCGGUAGAUCUCCUCUACAUAGCACCGCGCUUGCCGACCCAAAGUCGCUAAAUUCCAGCCCUGAGAUAGUUUUGGCAAUGGUUCUUGAUGCCGUAAUCAAAGCACGGCCAAUCUCUCACGAGUUGACGCAGAAAACGCUCAGGAAGCUGAUCGAGGCCGAGUACCAUGACAUCAACGUACUUUUCAAGAGCACGUGGCAAGAUCGCACAGUGGUUCUACAAGAAGGGGGUUACAACCGGUUUCGAGAACAAUGUGCUACCAAUCUCGGUGAACUUGCGAAGCUGAUUGUUGAGAGAUACGAUGGAGAUUUGAACAAUCUCUUGAAGGUUGCAGAUGGCAAAAUUCACAAAGCUAGAAUAUUGAUGAAGGAGGUCCGGGGGAUGGGCGACGUGGCAGUGGAGGUAUUUUUCAACAAUGUUCAAAGCAUAUGGCCAAGCACUGCUCCUUGUCUCGAUUCACGGAGCUUGAAAACCGCAAAUGAGAUUGGGAUUGGAACUGAUUUGGAUGAAAUAUACAAUGCGCUAGAUCAGGACCCCACGCGCAUGGCUUGGUUUGCCAACGGUGUCUCCGAGAUCCGACUGGAGAAAAGGCAGGAAGCAUUUGAGGAAAUUUGA